CACGCCAUGCUAGUCACCGCACUGAUGGUGGGCGCCGGGCUGGCCACGGGGCUGCGCCUGAGUUACAUCUACGACCACAUCCUGCAGCUGGCCUUCGCAGCCAGCGUCCUCGCCUUCGGCCUCAGCGUCCUCCUCUAUUUUAAAGGGUUGCUGGCCCCGGAGACGGCCCUGGCUCCCGGCGGGAAUUCAGGAAACCCCAUUUAUGACUUCUUCAUGGGCCACGAGCUGAACCCACGCAUCGGUGUCUUUGAUCUCAAAUUUUUCUGUGAGCUGCGCCCAGGGCUCCUUGGCUGGACCAGGGAGACGCCCCACGACUUCAGGCUGAGCACAGGGCCGAUGGCUUCCAGCAACGGCGCUCACCAGGGCUGCUCACCUCCACGUUUCUGGGGCUAUGCCCCCCGGCUCCUGUCGUUCAUGCCGCUAUGGCUCGGUGGUGAGGCUAGCCUGGUUCCCUGCCAUGAAAGAUUCAGGAGGAAGGUCC